AUGUCGAAAACUGGCGGAAACACAGAACCAAUGGCAUUUGUCCGAAAAUGGGGUGUUCAGGCAAAUAAUGGAGAAGAUAAUAAUGGAUUGAAUACGAUUCGAGAAGAAGUUGAGGAUAUGAUGGCUUUACAAGGAAUGGUAUCAAAUAGUGGAUCAGUUGACAAAGGUUGGCAUUUUUGUGGAUUCGGGAAAUGCUGAAAAUUUCCGUUAUUUUGAGUUAAAGAUUGUUAAAACAUUUUGAAGGAUUUUUGAAGAAAUCUCAAUAAUUUUGCGAAUUUUGAAGUUAUUUUUUUGAAAGUCAAAAAAGGAAAAAACAAUAAAAUUUCACGAACCUAAAAAUUUGGAAAAUAAUAGUGUCUCUUUGGAUCAAAUUCACAUUUUUGCAGAACGCUCUUCAACACCAUCCCGCCGUGAUCGAUCGAGAAGUCGCGAAAAAGAUCGCGACCGCAAAAAAGAUCGUAAGAAGCGUUCUCGCUCAAGAGAUCGAGACCGCCGCUCGCGUUCAAGAUCUCGUGAUAGAGAACGUCGUAAUCGCCGCAGUCGUUCACCUCGUGAGCGCCGCCGUCGAAGCAGAAGUCGAGAUCGCGAAUCGCGUCGACCUUUGAUGGUUCCGAAUAGUCCAAAAGCGAAUCGCGAACCAAUUAUCAAUCCACUGGUUCGAGAAGAUUUGCAGAAAGCUGCGCAAUUAGGUGGAGCUGGAGAAGCUGCUGAAUUAUUGGCUCAAAGUGCACUUGUUCCAGUUGCUACAGAAAGGAAAAGGUGAGUUUUUGUGAAAGGUUUUAAUUCUUGGUAUUUAUAAACUUUUUUUGUGAAAGGUUUUAAUUUAUAAAAUUAAUAACCCGUAAAAAUCCUUAUUUUUACAGAGAACGAAAAAGUCGUUGGUCAACCACGAAAAGUUUUGUUCCCGGUAUGCCCACAAUUUUACCAAGUGAUUUGAGCGAAGACCAAAGGAACGCCUAUUUGCGUAAGUUUUUUUCGGGGCUCAUUUUUGUGCUAUUCUCUUGGUCCCACCCCUUUCCCCUUCCAAUUGCAAUAUCUACAAAUCGUUUGGCUCGGUCAGGUUUGAUGUAUUUUUUCACCAAUUUUUUCCAUUUAUUUUUUUUUACUAAUUAUUGCGGCCUAAAUGGCCGCAUCGUUUUUCAGUUCAACUCGAAAUUGAGGAUUCAACACGAAAAUUGAGAAUGGGCGAAUUUGUGAAUCCUGAUGCGCAUGAGAGGUAAGUUGUCUAACGAAACUAAAUUUGGGCGGUAGAAUUUGAUUGCGAAAAAUGUGCUGAAAUUUGGGAAAUUUUGAGAUCAAAAAAGUCUAUUUCAAUCUAAUUUCAUGUUUUCGGCAUAUUUUUUAAUAAUCGUAUUUUUAGUGGGUUAAUUAAUUUAAAGUUUACAGGAUUUAAUGUUUUCUUCUUCUCAAAAUUUAAUUUUUUCAAUUUCCAGAAACGAAUCAGUUUCAGUUCGAAGCAGAUCAAUCGUCCCAUUUUAUUUUUUAUAUUUUUAAUUAAUCCAAUUUUACAGGAUUCAAUUAUGAAUAAUCUAAUUAAAAAUUUCAGACUUAAUAAUUCAUCCCAAUUUCAGAAACCCUCUCCUUCCCCCUAAUUACAUUAAUUGAUUAAUUAAUUUGAAAAUUCAGGGCAACUUCUUGGAAUUUCCGAAAUAUUUAUGCAUUUUUUUGCAGAUCUCCAUCUCCUGAACCAGUUUAUGAUGCGAAUGGAAAACGAUUGAAUACGAGAGAAGUUAGAAAACGACAAGAAUUGGAGCAAACGAGACAUGAGAAGAUUCAGGCGUUGUUGAAAAUCAAUCCAGCAUUCAAACCGCCAGCGGAUUAUAGGUAGGUUGUUUUUGGGCGCAGAAAUUUGGAAUGUUUUGAAUUCUGGUGAAUUCAAAAAUUCAGCUUUUGAAAGUUUGCAGACCUCCCAAUAUUCGCCUUCAUGACAAAGUCUUUAUUCCACAAGAACAAUUCCCCGAAGUCAAUUUCGUCGGUCUUCUUAUCGGCCCACGUGGAAACACUCUAAAAGCAUUAGAAGCUGAAACUGGCGCAAAAAUUAUUAUUCGUGGAAAAGGAUCAGUGAAAGAGGGAAAAUUGACAAAUCGACUUGGACCGAUGCCAGGAGAAAAUGAGCCACUUCAUGCAUAUGUUACUGGAACUGAUAUGGCUGUGAUUAAAAAAGCUUGCGAGAAAAUUCGACAAGUUGUACAAGAAGCGACUGCUUUGCCAAAUGGAAAUGAAUUGAGAAGUUUGCAAUUGAGAGAAUUGGCAUUGUUGAAUGGAACAUUUCGACCAGAAGAUUUGGCAAAUGGAGCAAGAUGUUCGAAUUGUGGAUCAGAUGAACAUAAAUCAUGGGAAUGUCCUGAUGCACCAAAUGUUACUAAUCAAAUCAAAUGUGUGAAUUGUGGAGGUUGCGGACAUAUUUCAAAGGAUUGUAAAAAUCCAAAAGGAAUGUAUCAGGUAAGAAUUAGGGGACUUGCAGAAAAUUGGGUCUGAAAAAUUUUUUACUCAAUUAAUUUUUUUUCCAGGAAGCCGGAAUGGAUGACGAAUAUUCAGCUCUUAUGGCGGAAUUAGGUGAAGGCGGUUCAGCUCCAGUCAAAAGUAAUUAUGGUCUAUCAAAUGCGCCAACAUUCGCUGGAACUGGUGCAAAUACAGUAGCUAUUCAAAAAAGAGAUACCAGCAAAAUUCGACCAUUAAUUGAUCCGAGCGAACUUUUCGGACCACCAAAAACAGAAGAUUCACAUCACGCUCAUCAUCAACAAAACCAAGGAUAUUAUGAUUCAUAUAAUCAAUAUUCGAGUUAUGGAAAUCAAUAUCAACAUCAAGGAUAUGGUCAUCAACAAGCUCAAGAAUAUGGUGAUUUUUAUGCGACGAGUUCUGGAGCUCGUGGAGGAGCCAAAUCCAGUUGGUACACUUCUUCGGGUGGCGGAUCGAAAAUGCCUCUUCCCGUUCCACCGCCUGCUGGAUUGGCCGGUUUUAUGCCGCCCCCUCCUCCACCACCACCAAUGACUGAUUUGUCUCAUCUUUUGGUGGCACCCGCGCCUCCACCGCCCCCACCAAGUUAA